AUGAAACUCAUUUUUUCUAUUCUUGCCGUCCUCGGAUGUGCCAGUGCUCAGUUCAAUGAAACUGCUCAACACAACAUCGUCCAAGCCCACAACGACCUCAGAUCUGACAUCGCCAGAGGAAUAUUCAGAGCUUCUGGAAGACUCCUCCCACAAGCAGCCAACAUGAAGGAAAUGACAUGGGAUCCAGAACUUGCCGAGUCUGCUCAAGACUACGCGGACACUUGUUCAAAAAGUCCAUCUGGACAUCCAAAUAUCGGAGAGAACAUUUACCUUGAUCAUACUGAGUCCUCAGACAGUCUUGAUGGCUUGGGUGUGAGAGCCGCGAAACAUUGGGCGCGGCAGUUCGAAGACUAUAGAGGAACCUCAAGUAUGGUGGAUCAAGCCUCCCUCUUGAAUGGACUCGCGAGUGCUACUCAGAUGGCAUGGGCUGACGCAGAAUUCGUUGGAUGUGGGGUUCAGAAGUGCGGAAGAGAUCCGGCCCAGCCGAAUAUGUACAUUUUUUCGGUGGUGUGCCAUUAUAAAGAACCAGAAUCUCUCUUCUUUUCUCGCAUGUAUGCUCCAGGAAGGAUGUGCUCUGCCUGCCCCUGUGGAUACACAUGUGAUACUAAGCCGGAUUGUGCGUAUGGCCUUCAGAUGACUGAAAAGUUUUGUUCCUUAAAGUAA